AUGUUAAGACUAGCAUGGCGUCAGUCGGCGUCCAAAAAUAGCCGCGUGGAGCCUGCACGCAUUUUAACUGCAGCUUUUUUGAGCGCCGACAGCCAACAUCAACACUCGGGGGGUAACGUGAGGUGGUUCAGACAAGUUCCCCACCCACCAAGCGACAAGUCACCGCUCCUGCACCAUCCCCAGCCGGCCUACUAUCUCAGUUCGUCUGUUUUUAUGAGCAUGGCGUCAGGGGGUGAAGGGCCAUCAUCUUCCCCUCAGAGACACACCAACAGGUUAGCCAAGGAGAGGUCGCCCUACCUGCUACAGCAUGCACACAACCCUGUGGACUGGUAUCCAUGGGGACAGGAGGCUUUUGACAAAGCGAAGAAUGAAGACAAACCGAUCUUUUUAUCAGUGGGAUACUCAACAUGCCAUUGGUGCCAUGUUAUGGAGAGGGAGUCUUUUGAAGAUGAGGAAAUUGGCAAAAUCCUUAGUGACAACUUUGUGUGCAUCAAAUUAGACCGAGAAGAGAGACCUGAUGUGGACAAGGUCUACAUGACCUUUGUACAGGCAACAAGUGGAGGUGGAGGUUGGCCCAUGAGUGUGUGGUUGACCCCUGAACUUCGACCUUUCAUUGGAGGCACCUACUUCCCUCCCAGAGACCAUGCAAGAAGACCUGGACUCAAAACAGUUCUCACCAGAAUCAUGGAACAGUGGCAGAAUAACCGUCCUGCUUUGGAGUCCAGUGGAGAGAGGAUCCUUGAAGCACUAAAGAAAGGCACGGCCGUCGCUGCAAACCCAGGAGAGAGUCCUCCACUGGCCCCAGAUGUUGCUAAUCGCUGCUUCCAGCAGUUGGCUCAUUCCUACGAGGAGGAGUAUGGUGGCUUUAGAGACGCUCCCAAGUUCCCCACACCAGUGAAUCUGAUGUUCCUCAUGUCUUACUGGUCUGUGAAUCGCUCCACCUCAGAGGGGGUUGAGGCUCUUCAGAUGGCGCUGCACACACUCCGUAUGAUGGCGCUGGGAGGCAUCCAUGACCACGUAGCACAGGGUUUUCAUCGUUACUCUACAGAUUCCUCCUGGCACGUUCCUCACUUUGAAAAGAUGUUGUACGACCAGGCUCAGCUGGCUGUAGCCUAUAUAACUGCAUCCCAGGUAUCAGGUGAGCAACUCUUUGCAGAUGUGGCUAAGGACAUAUUGCUGUACGUCACCAGAGACCUGAGUGAUAAGUCCGGGGGUUUCUACAGUGCAGAGGAUGCAGACUCUGUCCCAGCAUCGGGGGGACCAGAAAAGCGUGAAGGGGCUUUCUGCGUCUGGACAGCCACAGAAGUUCGGGAGCUGUUGCCAGAUGUGGUGGAGGGGGCCACUGGAUCUGCCACGCAGGCAGACAUCUUCAUGCACCACUAUGGAGUGAAGGUGCAAGGCAAUGUUGCUCCAGAACAGGACCCCCAUGGGGAGCUGCAGGGCCAGAAUGUGCUGAUCGUGCGUUAUUCAGUGGAGUUAACGGCUGCUCACUUUGGCAUCAGUGUUGAGAAAGUCAAUGAGCUCCUAGCCUCCGCCAGAGGCAAAAUGGCAGAAGUGAGGAAGAGUCGGCCCCGCCCACACCUGGACACCAAGAUGUUGGGUUCCUGGAAUGGCCUCAUGCUCUCUGCUUACGCUCGUGUUGGGGCUGUGCUGGGGGACAAGGCCCUGCUGGAGAGGGCGGCGCAGGCUGGUAACUUCCUAAAGGAGCACCUGUGGGAUGCUGAGCAGCAGACCAUCCUCCGAUCCUGUUACCGUGGAGACGAAAUGGAGGUGCAGCAGAUAUCUCCCCCUAUCUCUGGCUUCCUGGAUGACUAUGCCUUCAUCAUAUGCGGCUUGCUGGACCUGUACGAAGCCACGCUGCAGACGGAGUGGUUGCAGUGGGCCGAGGAGCUGCAGCUCAGGCAGGACGAGCUGUUCUUGGAUGACCAGGGUGGAGGCUACUUCAGCAGCGACCCCAGUGACAACACUGUACUGCUGCAACUCAAAGAGGAUCAGGACGGAGCCGAGCCCAGUGGUAACUCAGUGUCGGCGUCCAAUCUCCUGCGUCUGUCCCACUACACUGGAAGACAGGAGUGGCUCCAGAGGUCCCAACAGCUGCUGGCAGCUUUCACCGACCGGCUGACAAGGGUCCCCAUAGCACUGCCGGAAAUGGUCCGGACUCUUAUGGCCCAGCACUACACACUCAAACAGAUCGUGAUCUGUGGCCAGAGGGAUGCCCCGGACACCGCAAGUCUUCUAGCCACAAUCAACUCCCUCUUCCUACCACAUAAGGUCUUGAUGCUCACUGACGGAGAUGCCGACAGUUUCCUGUGCCAGCGUCUGCCCGUCCUCUCCUCCAUGUCCCAGCAGGAUGGUGUCGCCACAGCCUAUGUCUGCCAGGACUUCACCUGUUCUCUUCCAGUCACUGACCCCCAGGAACUACGCAGGCUACUGCUGGAUGGGACCACGGAGACGCAGGCAGAAUGACAACUGGAGAAUUGACUGACUGUUACAGGAAAGCUGUAAUAUUAAUAGACCGCUCUCAGCAGCCCUAGUGUAGCUUAUCUUUGCUGUCUUUGGCUAGUGAGUGUGGCUGCCAAUACUUAAAGGGUAGGAAUAGUUACAGUACCAUGUGGUGACUGGUGACUUUAUUCCAAACCUGUUACUUGAGCCUGUUUUUUAUUACCAAGACCAGCUAAGUAGUGCCUCAAAUAUUUUGUUUAGCAGGCUCUCAGAGUUGAUCAGCACAGCCAUAUUGAAUUUCAGGUGUACAAAUGUCCUUAUAAAGAAAUCUGCACAGCAGCAGUGGCAGCCUACUGAAAAUAUGCAGCACUUGUACAAAAUGUCCUGUCUUGACUGUUAGCCCAGAAGUAAACUACAGACUCUUACCAGACUACAACCUAAGACCACUUGGAAGAAUUGGACCGAGAAUAUUUCGCAGAUGAACCAACCUGCCCUGUUGUUCUGUCCUAGCCCCGUGUUCCAGCUCCCACAAUCCAUGUCACAUGGAUGUGACAGUGGAGGCCUGUGUCUGUGUGUUUGAGUGUGUAAAAAGGUUGGUUUGCAGGUUUGUAUGUACAUACAUUUUAAAAGUUGACUGCGUGUGCAUUUGAUUUCGUUUGUAGUAACGUCACAAGUGAGCGAGCCUGCUCUCGUACGUUCCCCCGUGUACCAUCAGCUCUCACCCUCCUUUAUUUGUCUGUUAUCUGGGAUUUAAUGUGAGAGGAUUCUUCUCCACUGCUGCAGAGACUCAUGUCUCAUGGCUUUAAUCUUUGAGGUUUAGACAACAAAACACAGCAUGUAUACGCACAACCCUGAAUAAUAAAGGUAUUUCCCUUCUGA